AUUGUUUUUUGUUGCACAAGAAGAACGUCGUCUGUUCUACCAACCUCUUUUGUUCACGGCCCGCUCUCGGUUACCGCUAAAAUACGGACAACGUGUAUCUAGCUAGUUACCGGGGAAUAACAUAAAGCUAGUAAACGUCAUACAGUGUGUUGUUUUGGGGUACUGCCGACUGCUUUGAAACUAAGUGAAUGAAAGCUUUGCAGAACGUGAGCGACAUGAGUUCCGACGCUAAGCCCGAGCCUAAAAAAGGCAAAAUGGAGAAUGAAAGCAAAUAUCUCCCCGAGCUUCUGGCAGAAAAAGACAGCCUGGAUUCGUCAUUUACUCACGCAAUGAAACUGAUAUCUGCAGAGAUUGAAAGGAUUCAGAAAGGAGAGUCAAAGAAAGAGGCAGAAAGAGAAACAUACUUGGACCUGUUUACCACAAAGAACAUCAAGGUCAAAGAACGUGUGCUAAUUCCCGUCAAGCAGUACCCAAGGUUCAACUUUGUUGGUAAGAUUCUGGGACCCCAGGGGAACACGAUCAAGCGACUCCAGGAGGAAACUGGAGCAAAGAUCUCUGUGUUGGGCAAAGGUUCCAUGAGAGACAAGGCGAAGGAGGAAGAGCUGAGAAAGGGCGGUGAGCCCAAAUAUGCUCAUCUGGGCAUGGAACUGCAUGUCUUCAUAGAGGUGUUUGCCCCCAUACCUGAGGCAUACCUGCGCAUGGCUCAUGCAAUGGACGAGGUCAAGAAGUUCCUCAUCCCUCAGGACACCAUGGAUGGUAUCUGCCAGGAUCAGUUCAUGGAGAUUGGCUACCUAAAUGGAGGUCAGGACUCACAAUCCAGGGGAAGAGGGGGCCCCCCAGGCAGGGGCAGGGGAGCACCCCCACCCAACUCUGCAGGAGCCAGGGGGCGAGGAAUGCCACCUCGUGGAGGAGUCCCUCGUGGUGGAGCUUCCCGAGGAGGGCCACCCAGGGGUGGGUCCACCAGAGGGGCUCCAGCUGGUCGGGGUGGACCCCCCUCCACACCCGCUAGAGGAGGCACAGCACAACGUUCCAGACCCCCCGCACAAGGGACGCAAAGGAUGCUCCCGUCCCCAGCCCACUCGCACCAGCAGCACCAUCAGCAGCACCAACAUGCGCAACCACCCAAGGCUGAGGCCUAUGAUGAAUAUCCUGCCUACGAAGAAAGCUAUGCUGAGCCUGCAUAUGAAGGUUAUGACAGUUAUUACAGUCAACAACCUCCACAAGCGGAUACAGAGUACUAUGACUAUGGACAUGGAGAGGCUCAGGAGGCCUUUGAACCCUAUGCCCAGGACGAUUGGGAGGGUUCGUGGCCCACCACUGGAGGCAAAGCCCCUCCUGCAAGGCAGGAUAAGCGGGGGUCCUACAGAGAGCAUCCAUACGGAAGAUACUGAACGGCUCGGGUAGAGGGUUGCCCUGGCAACUGUCUCCCGUUGUAAAUCACUUUUAACUCUCUGAAGUAAUUUCCCUCUUUCUUUAAUUUUUUAAAAAUGGUUUGAGAGCAGGGUAAUUGGAUGUAUCGCAUCGAGUGGGCGUAGCAAGCAAAUGCAAGGAUUUUGAUAAAACGUUUCAUUCAAUGUUUGUUUCCACUGCAUCUUUGAGUUAAGAGCUCAUUUAAUGGUUGCUUGAAGAUUUAAAAAAAAAAAAAAAAAAAAAAAAAAAAAAAAACUUGAUACCUUGUGUAGUUUAAUGUUCAAAAAUGUUAUUUCAGUUUGUCUGUCAUGAGAGGAUUCAGUGGCAGUUGCAGUCUCAUUUAGGCUGCAUUUCAAAAGUAUUUUUAGCUAAUAAACUUGAUCAAUGACGUCAAUGUAACAUCGGCAAUUUAGAAUGAAUGGGGAAGAACCUAAAUACAUUUCUGGACUUUUUUUUUUUGUAUAAUCUAAAAUUCCAUAGGUUCAAUUUUUUUAUUUUUCUUAUUGAGUUUUGAAAUCCAUCCUUAUUAGACACUUGAGACGGUAUGUCCUAAAAUAUCUCGAGUCAUUUCAAUUUGACUUGAUUGUGUAGUACAUUCUACUAUAGAUAUCUUUUGCGAUUGGCUUACUUUAGUCUACAUCUUAUUGGGCUGACUGAUGGAAAUUCUGGUGAAUUACUCUAUUUUGUGUCCUACCAAGAUUUGGACAUGGUCUUUAUGUAAGAACUGCAGCCAACUCAAUAUUAUGUACAUAAACUAAGGACAAUUGUAUUGCUAUCUAAAGUUGUGCAGUCUCCAAAAUGCAUAGUGCUAUAUGUGUACUCUUGCCUAAAUAGGAUACUAAAUAUAUCCACAAAUGUUUUGCUGCAGUGCGUUGUAUCAAUAAAGCCUCAUUUGUUUUUGUUUUUUAUCCAA